AAUCAACCUCUCAGUAAAUUAAAUCAUCAGAGCAAGAAUCCUCUUAGAACCAUACACAGUGAGACUAUACCAAAGGUAUUUGCAGACAAGAUUAUCCAAGAAACAGAGCUAAGCAGAGACCACCUCACACCUGAACUGAGCCUUCACCUCAUCACUCAGUCAUGCCGACUCUGGAAAGCACAACCUGAAGACGCACCAUUUCCUGAACCUUUCUGGGCAUUUUAUUGGCCAGGAGGUCAGGCGGUAGCAAGAUAUGUGUUAGACAGCCCAUAUUUAGUAAAGGGCAAGAGAGUUCUUGAUUUUGGCUGUGGUUGUGGAGCAAGUGGGUUAGCAGCUCUCAAGUCAAAGGCUAAGAUGGUGAUGUUUAACGACAUUGAUGAAGUCAGUAUUGAAGCAACAAAGCUGAAUGGGAAAAGUAAUAAAAUAGAAGUGAGUCAAACCUCCACAGAAAACCUCAUAGGAACCAGCUGUGAAGAAUAUGACGUUUUGUUAGUUGGAGAUAUGCUGUAUGACACUGAUUUUGCUGAAGAGGUGUUGCUGUGGUUAGAUAAUAUUCGUAAAAGAAACAAAUUGGUGCUUAUUGGAGACCCAGGAAGAUUUGCUCUAGCAUCUCACCCUCUGAAAGGCGACCUAAGGUGCUUUGCAAAAUAUUAUUUAUCCCCAGCAACAACAUUAGAAAACAAUGGAUAUUCACAGGCUUGUGUAUGGAGCUUCCUAUGAAUUAGUUAUACAUUUUUAUCAAAGUAAUGAUUGUUUUUAUCUUUUACAUUUCUUCACUACAAAAAUGUGGUAAAGAUGCAAUAAGAGCCUUCUGUCACCUUUUUGCCAACUAAUAAAUAUAUAUGUAUAUUGCAAAAUUAUUGCCAAUUAUAACCCAAACUUCCUUACUCUUAACCUUUCUCAAUUCUAUGGUAACUGUAAAAUAAGACAGUAUAUGAAUUAAAACAUCAUUUUUCUGCCUUGGAGGUCUUGUGUUAGGAUGCUGUAGUAACUAUGCUAAAAUCAUAAUCGGAACUUCUCAACUGAGUUUACUCAUUGUUUAAAGAAACAGUGGCCCUCCAGAACACAAACAAAACAAUCCCCAAUCAUCAACAGCCAUAAAGUCAUAUAACUCCAACCCCCUUGUUCUUAUGCAGGCAAAACAUCGGCCUGUUGACCUCAGAUCAUCAAAACUGUUGAAAAAAGACUUUUGAUUGGGGAUGGGAAUGAACCCUUGACACCAGACUUCCAAGACAGAAACAGAAAGUUUCCAUCCAUUGAAUGCCUGACUUUCUGUCUCUGUUCUGGUCUCAAGAUGCUGAAUAGCAAAUGAAUGUGAGAGACAAAUCUGGUGAAAUCAAAAUACUUUAUUGAUACCCACUUAUUGUGACACUUGUUUAGGUGGCAUGAAGAUCACUGACCUGCUUCUUUUACCCUUUCAAGAUUUAGAGAUCUUGAAAAUGUGAUAGUAGUAACAUACUUUUGAACUUGAUGAGCUGUGGGAGCUUGAACUGGAUCAGCAAGGAAGAAGAAAGUGAGAAAUGUCUAAAACUGGCAAGAGCAACAAGGAAUAUUGCUUUGUGAUGCUUAUCCUAAGGAGAUAUAUUUGCAGAAUACCUAUGUGAUGAGAGGACAUCCAGAACUUUCUAAGAGAUCAUGAAGGAAUUGUACUUUGAGUUGGAGAACUUUGGAAGAAUGAUCUACAAAGCAAUUCCAUGAA